AAUUUCACAUCAACAUAUGUGUUUUCAAAAUAAAUUGUUGAAGUCUUUCAGAUUUCGACAGACAAUAUACUAUGUGUGUUUUGCUACAAAUGAUCUAGGUUCAUCCCGGAGUCCCCCAGGUGGUUGCUGAGCAAAGGUCGCGAGGAGGAGGCCAGAGCCAUCCUAGAAAAGAUCGCCACGGCCAACAGGAAGGAGUUGCCGAAGUACAUCUUCGACAGCGAGGGCGAGUCCCAGGACAAGGGGACUUUGAUGGACGUGUUCUCCCAUCCUGUGCUGGCCUUCAGGGCUGUUAUCAUCUUUACCAAUUGGUGAGUGCAGGAAUCACGUCAGUGACAUCAUAUUGCAGGUCACAUAAUUUAACUAUAAAUGACACAUAUAUUUUUAAAAUAUUUAUUAACAUAAUGGUUUCACCACACAUAUAUAAUUUUGAAUCCUUCAAAACCGAUUUGAAAACACAUCUAUUUCGCAAACACGUGAUGUUGUCCACCAUCUUUUCCAGCUAGCUAUUAUCUCCUAGAUGUAUAUUGGCCUGUGUUGUUGAUAGUUGAAAGGGAUGAAAGACUCUGACUGGGUUUGGCUCGUUUGUAGUUGUUGUAGUUGUUGUAGUUGUUGCGUUUUGUGUUUCAAUGUGGUAAACUAUAGAUUGUUUCAGUUCUCUUUGAAUAUGGCCGACUUUGUGCCGCGCUUCGAGCCUUGGGGAUGAAGCGUGCAUUUUAUAAAUAAACUUUAUUCUUAUUACUAUUAUAUGUAUAUAUAUUUAUAUGUAUUGAUGUUCAUUUGUUAAAGUUCGCUCAACCUGAGAUAUUCUAGAAGAGCGCUGGGCAAUCCUAUCGCAAAACGAAACGUGGUGCGAACGUAAAUAUGAAGCUAACCCACAAGUUGCACUAAUUGACCUCUAAACGUCGGCCGUGUUUUGUUUGGCCUUAAUGAUUUUAAAAAAAAAACAAUUUAAAACAUACAUGAACAACUUUAAAAAAAAAAAAAAAAACACACUUAUUUGGAAGCUAAACCACAAGUUGCACUAAUUUACCUCUAAACGUCGGCCGUGUUUUGUUUGGCCUUAAUGAUUUUAAAAAAAAAACAAUUUAAAACAUACAUGAACAACUUUAAAAAAAAAAAAAAAAACACACUUAUUUGGACACUUUUAGCUGUCCAAACGGGCCAUCAAAGAUGGCGGCGUGACAGACGUGCGAUUCUGGUAAAUUGGUUUUACUUCCUUAAUAAAAGCAAAAAUUAAAGUAAUUUUCAUAUUUUUUAAUCAUUUUUUUUUUUAUUUUAUUUUUUAAAUUUUGAAUCACACAGAAGGUUUCUGAGCUCCUUUAUUGUCAAAAUCAUGCACGACUCACCUGACUUUCAGACCAAAUGUUUCAUUUAUUCAAAUUGAAAAAACAAAAAUUGUGAACUUCCGACACGUGGCCUUUGCCACCGAAACAGUGGAUCACCAACUCUUUGUUUGCCACCGAAACAGUGGACCACCUGCUCAUUAUUUGCCACCGAAACAGUGGACCACCUGCUCUUUGUCCGCCACCGAAACAGUGGACCACCUGCUCUUUGUUUGCCACUGAAACAGUGGACCACCUGCUCUUUGUCUGCCACCGAAACAGUGGACCACCUGCUCUUUGUCUCCCACCGAAACAGUGGACCACCUACAGUGGACCAGCUGCUCUUUGUCUGCCACCGAAACAGUGGACCACCUGCUCUUUGUCUGCCACCGAAAUAGUGGACCACCUGCUCUUUGUCUGCCACCGAAACAGUGGACCACCUGCUCUUUGUUUGCCACCGAAACAGUGGACCACCUGCUCUUUGUUUGCCACCGAAACAGUGGACCAGCUGCUCUUUAUUUGCCCUGAAAUUGAGGUGGGCUGUGAAUUGAACCAAGCCGGUGACCUGUGUUCAUGAUCUGAUUAAUGGCGAUGACGGCUUGAUGACUGCACGUUGUAAAAAAUCUGGCCAGGGGUCAUGGAGAGUCUAGGCUCGAUCCUCGAUUUAUGAUAUCGAUUUUUGAAAGGAAUUUAGUUGCUAGUUUAGUUGUUGUUUAUUAGAACUAGGGCUGCUCUAGCAGGUAUCACACACAGUAGUGAUAGGUACGAUGGUGGAGCUAGGGCUGCUCUAGCAGGUAUCACACACAGUAGUGAUAGGUACGAUGGUGGAGGUAGGGCUGCUCUAGCAGGUAUCACACACAGUAGUGAUAGGAACGAUGGUGGAGGUAGGGCUGCUCUAGCAGGCAUCACACACAGUAGUGAUAGGUACGAUGGUGGAGGCAGGGCAGCUCUAGCAGGCAUCACACACAGUAGUGAUAGGUACGAUGGUGGAGGUAGGGCUGCUCUUGCAGGCAUCACACACAGUAGUGAUAUGUACGAUGGUUGAGGCUGGGCUGCUCUAGCAGGCAUCACACACAGUAGUGAUAGGUACGAUGGUGGAGGUAGGGCUGCUCUAGCAGGCAUCACACACAGUAGUGAUAGGUACGAUGGUGGAGCUACCUACCUAAUGCUCUAGCAGGCAUCACACACAGUAGUGAUAGGUACGAUGGUGGAGGUAGGGCUGCUCUAGCAGGCAUCACACACAGUAGUGAUAGGUACGAUGGUGGAGCUACCUACCCAAUGCUCUAGCAGGCAUCACACACAGUAGUGAUAGGUACGAUGGUGGAGCUACCUACCUAAUGCUAGAGGCACAGAUGAGAUGUGCGUAAUUACACGAAUGGAGCAAACUUUUUGUUCAACCUGUUGAUGACAAGGAAGGUGUCUAGUUUCACACUUAAUUUUGAUUUAAACACACUAGAAAAACGUAUUUCUUCAUAUCCAUUCUAUUUAGUAAUAGUAUUUCAUGACUCACACCUACCAAGUAGUGUGACAAAAUGUAUUGUCAUUUGUCAAGGAUAAGACUUUUAUUAAUAUAUGGUUGCCCACUAUACUCUAGAAUGAUCUAUAUUAAUGUCUUGAAAAUCACGCACAAACCAAUCUUGAGUGGCAGCUCAUGAAUUAAUGAAACACAAGCUGAUUGUAACACUACUUAACCACUUGUCUCGCCCCAUUCCCCCCCCCCCGCCCCUAGGUUAGUUGUGACAGUUGUGUACUACGGCCUGACCUUCAAUAUCGGUACUCUCGGUGGAGACAUCUACGUGAACUUUGCCCUGAACGCCAGCGUUGUCAAACCAAUCUUGAGGGGCAGCUCAUGAAUUAAUGAAACCCAAGCUGAUUGUAACCCUACUUAACCCCUUGUCUCGCCCCCUUCCCCCCCCCCCGCCCCUAGGUUAGUUGUGACAGUUGUGUACUACGGCCUGACCUUCAAUAUCGGUACUCUCGGUGGAGACAUCUACGUGAACUUUGCCCUGAACGCCAGCGUUGAGACCCUGGGGAACGUGGCCGCCUUUCUGGUGUUGCCUCGAUGGGGCAGGAAACGGUUCCACUGCUUCGCCGUUCUGCUGAGUGGCCUGGCGUGCCUCUGUUCGAUGAUACCGGUGCUGCUGGGGAUCACAGGUAGGUGGGGAAGGGGGGAGCCGCAGGCGGGAGGGGAACACAGGGGGGAGGGUACCACAGGUGGGAAGGGACCACAAGUGGGAGGGGAUUACAGGUCAACUGGGACCACGUGUUGGAGACGAUACCAGACAGGAGAUGAGACGUAGGUGGGUGGGGAACACAGGUAGGUGGGAAAAACAGGUAGGGGGCGACCACAAGUGGGUGGGGAAAACAGGUAGGGGGCGACCACAAGUACGUGGGGAAAACAGGUAGGGGCGACCACAGGUAGGUGGCGACCACAGGUAGGUGGCGACCACAGGUAGGUGGCGACCACAGGUAGGCGAAGAUCUUUAGGAGAUGAAUACAGUUAGGAGGGGACCUCAGCUAGGAGAGGACCACAGGCACAGGGGGGGGGGGCACAGGCCGUGGCAUAGUAAAAGUUAUUGCCACCCCUUCAGUGGGCCGAGGAGAAAACAAACUGUGGUUUGCCGAAAAUCAAGCCCCUCCAUAAAAAGAAAAAAAAAAGUGCUGUCUUGGUGGAGCGCCCCCUCUGCACCCCCACUCCCUACACCACUGGCCACUGGUGGAAGGAGACUACAUUUGGCUGAAACCCACAGAUAGGAUGGGGGACUACAGGUUAAAGGGGUUCACAGGAGGGGGUCGCAGGUUAAUGCGACUAGAGGUUAAAGGGGUCCACAGGAGGGGGUCAUCAGGCUGGAUGCGACUACAGGUUAAAGGGGUUCUCAGCAGGGGGUCAUCAGGCUGGAUGCGACUACAGGUUAAAGGGGUUCACAGGAGGGGGUCAUCAGGCAGGAUGCCAUUACCGGCGGGCGGGACGCUAUGUGGGCCAACUGCUUUAUUAUUCAUUUGUUAACAUCUUUUUAUAGUCUUGGAAAAAUAAUGCGUUUUGAACGGGAGCGCAACUGAGAUGGAUAGAGCCAACAAAUACAGUGGGGCCGCUUGAUGGAAUGGCGUCCGUAGGGAAGCUUAGACCAGGGCGUGCGAUCAAUAUAGAGCAGCCAGUGAUAAGGUUAACAGUGGGAUGCCCGUUAACUGAUUUAAUUAGCGUUGGCUAAAAAAAGGAAUAGAGCUUUGUUUAAGUCCAGCAAUAAGCCAAGGCCACACAUGUAGAAAUAUAAUGAUCGAAGGUGUCACACAACACGCUAAUGUGGGAGAAAGACAUCGCUGGUGUCACGUGAUGAGUUCACACAGUGUAUCAAAUAACGUCAUAAACAAUAUUUUGAAAACACUCUAAUCAAAAAUGAAGAAAGAUUUUAUAAUAAAGUUGAGUGGAUUCUUUAAGCGAUGCACUUUAUGAAUCAAAGGGAUUCUAACGCGAUGCGGACGAAACUUAAAUGUUAUAUUCUUAUUAUUUAAAUAUAUAUAUAUAUAUAUAUACAUAUUUUCUGCACAUAUUUUCUUUAUGUUUUCAAAUUUUAAGAAAGUCUAUGUCUACGUUUUAGUAGUAUAAAACUUGUCUUUGAUAGAACGUAUUUUUUUUUAAAAUUUUGUAAGUAUCUUCUUUUGUAUGUGCUUAAUUUUAGCAUUAAAAUUGUAACUUGAAUAUCAUCGACAAAAGAAGUAUUAGAUCUAUUUAACUUUUUUGUGUGUUAAAUAUGUAUGGUUUUAUUGUAAAUGUAAUCAUAAGUUUAUUCCCUGUACAGACGCAUGGAUGACCAUUAGUUUGUUCCCUGUACAGUGUACAGAUGUAUGUAAUCAUCAGUUUGUUCCCUGUACAGAUGUAUGGGUGACCAUUAGAUUGUUCCCUGUACAGAUGUAUGGGUGACCAUUAUUUUGUUCCCUGGCCAGUGUACAGAUGUAUGUAAUCAUCAGUUUGUUCUCCUGCACAGACGUAUGGGUGACCAUUAGUUUGUUCCCUGUACAGACGUAUGGGUGACCAUUAGUUUGUUCCCUGUACAGAUGCUUGGAUGACCAUUAGUUUUUUCCCUGGCCAGUGUACUGAUGUAUGUAAUCAUCAGUUUGUUCUCCUGUGUAGACAUAUGGGUGACCAUUAGUUUGUUCCCUGUACAGAUGCUUGGAUGACCAUUAGUUUGUUCCCUGGCCAGUGUACUGAUGUAUCUAAAAAUUAGUUUAUUCCCUGGCCAGUGUACAGAUGUAUGUAAUCAUCAGUUUGUUUUCCUGUACAGACGCAUGGGUGACCAUUAGUUUGUUCCCUGUACAGAUGUAUGGGUGACCAUUAGUUUGUUCCCUGUACAGAUGCUUGGAUGACCAUUAGUUUUUUCCCUGGCCAGUGUACAGAUGUAUCUAAAAUUAGUUUGUUCCCUGGCCAGUGUACAGAUGUAUGUAAUCAUCAGUUUGUUCUCCUGUACAGACGCAUGGGUGACCAUUAGUUUGUUCCCUGUACAGAUGUAUGGGUGACCAUUAGUUUGUUCCCUGUACAGAUGUAUGGGUGACCGUUAGUUUGUUCCCUGGCCAGUGUACAGAUGUAUCUAAAAAUUAGUUUUUUCCCUGGCCAGUGUACAGAUGUAUGUAAUCAUCAGUUUUUUCUCCUGUACAGACGCAUGGGUGAACAUUCUCCUGUCCAACGUCGGCAAGUUUGGUGCUACGGGUGGUUUCGCCACGAUGUUCGUGUUCUCGGCUGAGCUGUACCCGACGUCGCUACGGAACAGUGUGGUGGGAACAAGUUCCAUGGUGGCCAGAGUUGGCGGCAUGAUAUCUCCAUACAUAGCAGACCUGGUGAGAUAUGACGUCUGUAACUAGCAGACCUGGUGAGAUAUGAUGUCUGUAACUAGCAGACCUGGUGAGAUAUUUUAGAUGUAAAUAGCAGACAUGGUGAGAUAGUACAUCUGUAGACAUCACACUAGGUAAGACAUAACAUCUGUUCAUAGCAGACCUGUUAAGACAUGAUAUAUGUGCACGUAAAAGGCUUGGUAGGACAUGAUAUUUCCAUACAUAGAACCUGUCGACAUAAUAAUCUCCAUAGAUAGCAGACUUGGUCAAAGCGUAAUGCAGUUCAUAUACUCAAUUCCAAAACUGAAAUAUCAUCUGCAUCCGCUAGCGAAUGGGUCGAACACAAAUCAAUCAGCCCGACUGACUUAAUCGAACGACUAAUAAAUUGUUUGUUUUCAGCGUAUCAAUGUUCAUUGUUAUAAUUCUUUUCUGGCCAUUCGUUAUACUCCUCCAUUUCCGUCAUCCAUCAUAUCUUUAGUUUUUUGAGUCUUCUCAUCCCGUCACCAGGGUAUACUCCUCGGCGGUCCGUUCGGCGCAGCGGUCCCAUUCAUUGUGUUCGGCACAUGCGGUGUGGUUGCAGGACUGCUGACUCUCUUCCUGCCAGAAACUUUGAACCAAACUUUGCCGGAGACCGUCCAGGAAGCGAUAGACUUCGGAAGGUAAAAUCAAGUACUUUUAUUCAUGUGCAUUACUGCAGAGCCGUUCUUAGGAGCUUUGNGGGGGGGGUUGUCCGGGGGGGGGCGGAACUCCCUCGAGCUGAGGAGAAAACACCACCCACCACUGGAGACGGCUGCAGUGCCAGUUUAAAAAAGUACCGGGGGCUAGAGGGCGCCUCAAGGGGACCCCCUCACGCUCGGAGCCCUACGCGGAUGCGUAGCCAGCGUAUAUAUGCCUAAGAACGGGCCUGAUUACUGCUUAACAUCACAUACAUUAUGAUUAGAUAAAUAUUUCGUCAAUUAAACUUUUAUAUCAUUUGAAGAAAAAAAUAAUAUUUUUUUUGAAAUUGUAGGGUCGCUUACUUUAUAGAUAUUUCUGUAGCGUUGUAUGGCGGAUGAAGACAUCAGGUGUUAGCAAAUAUUUUUCAGCUUCUCCCCACUUGUUGAUGUAAAAAUGAUGACCUCCUCCUCAAUGUUAAAAUCCCAAACGCUAUUCGCACGGAAUCAAGGCUUCGCGUGAUCUAUUAUCCUUAUGAUAUCCUAGUGGCUAUGUGAGGGGCUGGUAGCCAGUUGAUAACUUAUUGAACGAAAAACAAAAUACUUUAAAAAAAAAAUAAGACAGUAAUUAAGUCUGCGAGCUCUAACCACGGAAAAUGAGAUUGUCAUCGGUAUGUUCGAUGCGAGCACAUUCCUUUUGUUCCGUGAUAUUAUUAUGUCAUACGUCUGGAGUCACCGAUUGGAAUGAAAUUAGAUAACAUUUCGUUAUUGAUCCAAAUGAAUGGAAAUGCUUUCUUGAUAACAGUGCACGUAUUAAUUUUGAGCACAUCAAUAAAUGAGCACGUAUCUAAAGAAAGAUAACAUGCUACAACUAUAACGAUUUAAACACAAGACACCCAAAGUAUUUCUCAAGCGCAGAAGGCAGCCAUAGAUGAAUUCCUUUAGAGACAACAAUGAAUUAAUUAGUGAUCAUUUAGAUUUGGUAACCGCUGAAGUGUGUGUGGGGGGUGGGAAGCACGUUGGUAAAUUGUUACGGAAUAGGGAACAUGAUAAUUGUUAUAUCUUUGGUACUAACUUUAAGAGAAAGAAUUCGGCCUUGAUCAAGGCCGAUCUUAGGUAUCUGUGAUGAUGCAGGUGGUAGGUGAUCUUAGGUAUCUGUGAUGAAGGGGGUGGUAAGUGAUCUUAGGUAUCUAUGAUGAAGUGGGUGGGAUGUGAUCUUAGUUAUCUGUGAAGAAUUGGGGGGGGGGGUACCAUCAGUGCAAUUGACCCAAACCUCCAAGGGCUGAUCUCACACUCUGCGAGAACGAGGGCUGAAAACAGUUUGGCACCCCCAGGGCGGCACUAACCCUAGCUACGCCACUACUCUGCACCAACCCUAGCUACGCCACUGCUCUGCACCAACUCUAGCUACGCCACUGCUCUGCACCAACCCUAGCUAUGCCACUGCUCUGCACAAACCCUAGCUACGCCCCUGCUCUGCACCAACCCUAGCUACACCACUGCCCUGCACCAACCCUAGCUACGCCACUGCUCUGCACCAACUCUAGCUACGCCACUGGUCUGCAACAACCCUAGCUACGCCACUGCUCUGCACCGACCCUGGGACCGCCACUGCUCUGCACCAUCCCUAGCUACGUCACAGCUCUGCGCCAUUCGUACGCAACCAAGAAAGCAUCGUGGUAAUGAUUAUAUUGGAGAAACUAUUUUAUUUGUCUCCAUAAAACACCAAUUUCUCGAAGUAUGUAUGUCUGGAAAUAACGUUGUAAGAUGGCGCGGCACGCGUGCUCUGUCCUGGCGGGGCGAUCGUACAGAAGAAGUGCCUUUUCCUCCCUUGACGUUAUAUUUAUGCCUGUUACCCUAGUCCAGCUACUGACCACAUAUUGACUCAAAUGUCAACACCGUGAGUGCCCCUGCCCACGCAGCUUAAUGAUAAAUGGCUGGAAACUCAAGCCGAAUUAAGCCUCUUCAGGACUGGAUGGUACAUCCCACAGCGCCCGCUGUUUAACAUCAUAACUUAUUUACGCUCAUCUCAUUGCUGCAGCGCGGGAGCUUGGUCGGAAAAGUCCCGAUGAAAUAUUCAACGCACUGUCGUCGUGUGUAGUUGUAGGUCGUGGGUAGGGAUUUCACAUAAACGUAUACCACUUAUUGGGAAGAUACUAUUUCUUUUUUUUUUUUUCUUUCCAGAAUUAAAAUAACAAAAGUCACCGAGAUUGCAGCGCCAGAAGAAAACGGGGAUUCCCGGAGUAUCGGUGGAAGUGCCAUCAGUAAUCGAGUACACUGGUUAAACAAGGUAUCGACCACCAAUCAAGGAUAUUUGAAUACAACAUUUUUGGUGGAAAAGCUUUAAAAUAUUUAUAUUUUUAUAAUAGUAGGGAUCUUUAGAUGUUGUAGAAACCAAUUAAGGUGUUUUCUAAAAAAAAAUAUGACUGUGUUUUAUUGACUGUGUUUUAUUGACUGUG